UAUUUCCGCAUUGCCGAACAACUUGUUCGUCUUUUAAUGGCCGUUCUUUCUCUCUUCUCUUCUCUUCAUGGCCUCUUUGUCCCCUCCUCAUCUCCGACUCCUCUCCUUCCUCUUCUUCCUUCCCUUCCACUCCCUCGCCGGACACACUGCCAUCGAGUUCCUGUACCCCAAUUUCUCCACUACUUACUUCGACUUCGUCGAAAACUCCGGUGUCUUCCUCUCGUCCUCAGCCUUCUCCGUUGCCUUCCAAAACCCUGGCGGCCAGGAUUCCCGAUACUAUGUCGUCGUCAUCCACGCCCGCUCCAGCACCACCGUCUGGACCGCCAACCCUGCGGCUCCCGUGCCCCGAUCCGCCACUCUCUCCCUCACGGCGUCCGGCCUCGCCCUCUCCUUCCCCAACGGCUCGCCCGCCUGGUCGACCCCACGCCUUUCCGCCGCCGCCGCCGCCCUCCAGCUGCUCCCCUCAGGCGAGCUCCGUCUCCUCGACGCUGCCAACGCUUCCCUUUGGUCAUCCUUCGAUUACCCGACCGAUACGCUCCUUCCUAACCAGCUCCUCCCCGUCUCUUCCUUGCUCACUUCCGCCGCCGAUGAAAACGACCCGGCCCCUGGUGAUUACCGCCUCCUCGUCACCUCCAACGACGCCGUGCUGCAGUGGGCCCCGACCUCGCAACUCUACUGGUCGAUCUCCUCGGACGCACGCUCCCUCAAAGAUUCCAACUUGCAGGUUGCUUACCUCUCCAUCAACGCAACAGGGAUUUACCUCCUCGCCGGCGACCAGAAAACUGCCGUCUUCGAGAUGAUCUUGCCCUCCACGGCUUCGCCCUCCUCCAACGGAUUCCACAUGGCAAAGCUGGACCAUACCGGUCGGUUUCGGCAAAUGAGCUUCUCGCCGAACGAGUCCCUGUCGACCUCCUUCUUCGAUACCGACCUCGUGGCGCCGAGCAACAACUGCGAUCUCCCGAACAUAUGUGGCUCGCUGGGCCUCUGCGUCCCGUGGGCCAACAACUCCACCUGCAGAUGCCCGGAUUCUUUCGCUGCGUCGGGUAACGGAUGCUCCCCUGUCAACAGCUCUGUUUUCACGAAUUCCUCCUCAUGCACUAACGAUGGCGACGCUGGAUCACCGCCGUCAUUUAUGAGCUUGGGAAGCCGAAUUGGCUACUUCGGGACUAAAUUCUCCACACCAAACAAUUUCCCACCGAACAUCUCGACUUGCCAAGAUCUCUGUUCCGCCAAUUGCUCCUGUCUCGGCUACUUAUAUAGAGCCUCGUCCAAGUCGUGUUAUUUCCUUCAACACCGAAUCGGCUCCCUAUUUUCCGUUGAGACGGUAAACAGCGACGCGACGCCCAUCGUCUAUGUCAAGACAUUUGGCCGGAUAUCACCACCUUCCUCUCCCACCCGUUUGGUAAUCGUCUUAUUACCAGCCACCGCAACGACUCUGCUGGUGAUCUCGAUUGCCAUUUUCUGCUUUGCAAGGUGGAGAAGGAACAAGCGCGGGAGAAGAGACGAGACACGGACCAAAUCAGUCUCCAGAUGGCAGAAGUGGCCGACACUUGCUGAGUUGUCCGACGACGAGGAGGAGGAGAAAGAGGAAGAGAUCGUGAUCCCCGGUCUGCCCACCCGGUACACCUAUGCUGAGCUCGAAGCGGCCACCGACAACUUCCAGACGGUGAUCGGCUCCGGAGGAUUCGGGUGCGUUUACAAGGGGCAACUCCCAGACAAGUCCCUCGUCGCCGUGAAGCGGAUCAACGCCGCCAGCACGCAGCAGGGCCGGCGGGAAUUCUGCACUGAGAUCGCCGUCAUCGGCAACAUCCACCACGUCAACCUCGUCCGCCUUCGCGGCUUUUGCGCGGAGAGCCGCAAGCGGCUACUGGUCUACGACUACAUGAACCGUGGCUCCCUCGACCGUGCGCUCUUUGUCCGUAGCUCCAGCCUGGUCGUUCUCGAGUGGAAGCAACGGGUCGACGUUGCGGUGGGAGCCGCGCGCGGGCUCGCCUACCUCCACGCCGGAUGCGAGCACAGGAUCAUCCACUGCGACGUGAAGCCGGAGAACAUCCUGCUCCACGAUCACAACCAGGUCAAGAUUGCGGACUUCGGGUUGGCCAAGCUGAUGAACCCGGAGCAGUCUGGGCUCUUCACCACCAUGAGGGGGACGCGCGGCUACCUAGCGCCGGAAUGGCUCACCAACGCCGCCAUCUCCGAUAAGACAGACGUGUACAGCUUCGGGAUGGUGCUGCUGGAGAUAUUACGGGGGCGAAAAAAUCGCGCCGACGGAAGCGACUCAGAGUUGACCGGCUCCCCGUCUCCGUACUUCCCGAUGUUGGCUUUGGAGAUGCACGAGCAGGGUAGGUACGAGGAAUUGGCUGACCCGAGGCUGGAGGGGAACGUGAACUGGGCGGAGCUGGAGAGGAUCGUCAGGGUGGCCCUGUGCUGCCUGCACGAGGAGCCGGGGAGUCGGCCGAGCAUGACGGCGGUGGUGGCGAUGCUGGAGGGGACGGUACCGGUAGGUGAGCCGCGGCCGAACUCGCUAAAAUAUUUGAGGCUGUACGGACACUGGUCACGGGAAUUGCACUUGAGGCAAGGAGGAUCGGCAACAAGCACCACGAGUGGGAGGUCAUCGGCGACGCCGCCGCUGCUCUCCUACUUGUCGUCGCAGGAGGUGUCUGGGCCGAGAUAGCAUAGGCUUUGGGUCCAGCCUCAACGUGACUCAUUCCAAACGGAUUGUACUGGGAAAACAGAUUGCAGCUUGUGCUAAAGAGAGUCUCUCCAUUACCGUCUAAAAUUUUAAAAUAUGUAUAGAAAGUUUAGGCGUAGUUGAAUUUGUUUCCCCGGUGAUGAUAGCUCCGUUUUUGGUCAAAAACUUAUCGAUGUAUAUGCAUUAAGCA